AGCUUCUGGUGGUAGCCAUGAUCGAUUCACAGCAAUCUUGGCUACUUUCGUUUUGACGCAUGUUUACAAAUGGCUUCCCGGGUAGUGACAUGCGAGUAAUCUAUUUAACCAUUUUUCUUCUUUGAAACUCUAACAUAAAAUGGCUUCAAAAGUGUCUCAAAUUCAGAAAGCAUUGGAUUUAGCUAAGAGAAGUAAAUGUAAUCUAGUUAUACAAACAUCUGCAGAAAAGGAGUAUGCCGAGCUAAAAGGAACAACAGACUAUUUAAAAGUUAACAACAAUGAUAAAUUUAUGCUCUUUAAAAGUCAAACAAGUGCUAUUACAAAAACUUCAUUCAAACCGAAUAUGGUAGAAGACUCUUCUAUACAUCUAUACAUCAUUUUACAACAAUUUGGUGAAGGAUUUGGAAAAGGGAAUGUAUGGAGCAGUUAUUCGUUGAUGUUGAAGUGUAAUGAGUUCAUAAAUAAGGGUCAAAUGGACAACGGCGCUAGAAAAAUUCAGAAUACUCCCAAAUUAAAUGGUGAUCGAGUUCUUUCACCGCGGCAACCUGACAUAAGUACAAUUCAUCAGAAUCAUCCAAAAUCUAGUGACUGGAAACAUAUGCAGGAAAGUUACGAGGAGAAGAUUCAAAGUUACGAGGAGAAGAUCCAAAAACUUAAUAAAAAAAUUAAUAACCUGGGGUCAGAAACAGCUAAUCAAAGAAAUCAACUAGAGGAGAAGGAAAAGAGAAUAGAAGAAUUAACGACAAGGCUGAGUCGGAUUGCAAGUCAACAGUUAAUACAAGGAAAUCCAAACAUCACCGAUUUGAGCGACGGAAACAGGCCAACAAAGUUAGGAGAGAGGUUUUCUCAGGUCUAUGAUGACCAGUGGUCUGAAGCGUUUGAAGCCCUGAAGGCGAAAGGAAAACAGGAGAAAGAAACUGUCACAGAAUUGUCACACAUAGUUCAGAGUAUUUACGGGUUUAUGCAGAAGAGUGUUGGAGAACUGAUGCAAAAACUAGCAAGUGAAACAUCUAAAGUGAUUAUGUGUCCAUUUCAGUCGACGUCGUUGCAGCCAGCCUCUCAUCGGGAAGUACCACUCAAUGGAACAGAAGGAAUCAUUAGAGAUUUAGUCAAAACACAGGGGCAUCACGCAUUAAAAUCAGUCCAAAAAGAAUUAGGUCUUACCAAACGCGGAGGAGAUAAAAGAAUAGACAAAUAUAUUGAGAUUUUGUCUGAACUUAUCUGGUAUAUGGUCAUACAAGAUCCUCCAAUGGUUCUUAAGUUCAUCAAGAAUGGUGAGAAAAUGGAUAAAGAAGGUCCCUUCAAACCCUACAGCAAGACGGGUAGUGUGGCUGAAGUGUGUGUGUGGCCCGCACUGCUCCUACACGAGGGAGGGCCAUUGAUUGCUAAAGGAUUUGCUCUUCCUCAGUAAGACAUUCGGUUACUUGUUUGUCUUGUCCAAAAACGGACGUGUGCUUGUGAGUGUGAAUGUGGUGAACAGGGGGUGAGCAUGGUUUUUAUUGCAAGAAAAAGAAUCGUAAUUCACAUAGCAACAUGUGCUUGUCAUAAUGCAAAAGAAAACAAGCAUUGGUUUGUACAUGUUGCAUCUUGAUUUACCAAAAGAAUUGAAAUUCUUUUAAAAUUAUUAUUUGUAUAUUUUAUUGUAUGGCAAUCUUUUUUUGUAUAUCAAUCUUUACUCACCAUCUUAAUACUUGAUAUUGAAGAAUUCUCAAAAGGCGGUACUUUUGUACAGUCAGAAUAAUCUCCCGUCUAUAAAAGCAGACUUCUGUGUUUGACAAUAUUUGUAUUUUAUCUAGCAUUGUAUAAGACAAAGAUACUGUUGUUGUAUUGCGUUUUGUGCAUUGCACACAUUUCCCAUCUUCACAAACACUUUGCUGUCUCUGAGUAUUUUUCCAGGAGAAAUUCGAAAAACCAUUUGGAAUAAAAUAAAUGUUUCAUUUGUGUAAAAUGGCCUUAGGAAUCAAUUGGCUCCUAACAAUCAUGCUUGUGGAUGAUCGAUUUGUCUGAUGAAGAAUUUACAGUAGAAUUUAAACAAACUUUGACUGUUUUUCACUCGCCUUGGGAUUAUAAGAAAAUGUAUUUUGCAAAUCAUAAUAUUGAUUUCACAGAUAUAUAUAGCCUGGUCUGGGACUUAUGUUACUAGUAAUCACACUCACUGUGAAAUUAAGAAAAUUAAUAAUCAUACAUGAAGAUAAAAAGGAAUUAAUCAAUGUUCGUUGAACAGUUGUGAAUGAUUUCCGACGUUUUAAUACAGUUAUCGUCAUUAUUAAAUCCAUCUAAGCUUUGUUGUUGUUGUUGUCCUCUGUUGUUGUCUUAAGGAUGUAUAUCAGAUUUACAAUUACAUGUAUGUACAAUGCAAUACUUCAAUGAAGACUUCAUUAAUAGAAUCUGGAGCUAUUUGUAUUAUCACCAAUCAUCAUGUUUUAGAUACUGUUGUGAUUUGAGCAACUAUUGUGCACUAGAUGUAUCUAAUACACCAAAGAUUAAAGUA